AUGGACAAGCCACCGUCCCCCAAGACGACUGCCGGCGGCCACGUUCCGCCCGACGUUGACAUCCUGCUGAGCAGGAUGCUUUCGGAAAUUGCGUCCGAUGCGGAUAUCGAAGCGUAUCGGGACUUGGUACUGGCGAAUGGAGAAGUGGUCGAUGUAUCCGAGGUCGCGAAAAUUGACACCAAGGCGGAGCAGCUACGCAAGGCCGGGAAUCGGCUGUACCACGCCCGCAAGUAUAAAGCGGCACUGGGGAAGUACAACGAGGCCAUGUGCUGUGCGGAGUCCGGUUCGGAGCAUUUGGCGAUUUGUUACGCGAACCGAUCGGCCAUCUACUACGAGCAGGAAGAGUACGAGUUGGCACUGCUGAACAUGGCCCUGGCCAAGGAGCACAACUAUCCGGCGAAGAUUCUGGACAAGCUGGACGUGCGCGAGCAGAGCUGUCGGAAGAAGCUCGAGCAGGGACAGUCCAAAAACAUCGCGCUCUGUCCGCGGAUGGGCAUCAACGUCGAGGGCAAUCCGCGCGUUCCCUUUCUGGCAAAGGGAAUCGCCAUGAGGCAGUAUCCGUGGUGCAACCGCGGGUUGGAGGCCGAACGGGACUUCCGCACCGGGGAUGUCAUCCUGGACGAGAAGGCCGUGCUGAGCAUCGUCGAUGUUCCGUUAAAGUAUUACAACUGCAGUCAUUGCUCCGCCGAGAACCAUCACAGCUUGAUUCCCUGUCCGGACUGCGUCUUUGCCAUGUACUGCAGCGAGGAGUGUCUGGAGAGGGACAAACGGCUCGUGCACCGGUUCGAGUGUGGAUUGGCCACGAAGCUUCGAAACGUAUCGAUGUACACGUCCAACAUGGGACCGAAGCUGUUCCUGUACGGAUUGACGCUGUUCAACGACGACUUGGACCAGAUGAUGGAGUACUGCGAGCAGAGCGCCAACGCCGGUGGAGAUCCGUUCACCUUAGACUACAGAGAGUACGAUCCGUUGGCGGAGUUCAAAGAGCUCCACAAGACCGUACUGAACACCAACACCGAGAUCGAAGGUUCGCUGAAGGCCUGCGCUGCUCUCAGUUACGCCGUCCUCAUCAAAAACCCCGCCAUCAACUCAAGCUUGACCACAAAAUCCCACCACCGAUUCCUCCUAAACUCCCUGCUCCACUACACCCGUGUCGCGUGCUUCCUGAUGUGGAACUCCCACGUCAACCUCUCGACCACGUCCACCGGCCACGUGCUCAGCGGCCUCACCUCGGUCGGUUCCCUCAUCAACCAUUCCUGUGAUCCGAACGUCGCCGCCAUCUACAUGGGCGGCCGUCUCAAGUUCAUCCUGCUGCGGCCAAUCCGCGCCGGCGAGCAAAUCCUCACCGCGUACGGACCGACCUGGUACGAUCGUAACCAUCCGCCGGUCACGUACAGCUUCGUGUGCGCGUGCCCGUUCUGCGUCCAACCCUCGAUGCAGCACUGGUUGGCCACCGGAAGGGAGCUGUCGCUGGGGGCGGAACGGAACGCCGAUAUGCUGCUGGCCAUUCUGCAGGACGAAGCGUUCAACGACGUGGACAAGCUGCACGCGAUUCAGCAGUACAUCCAGCGGCACAUUCGCUUCCAUCCGGAGGACACGCUGAGCCGGAUCAUGACCACGUACCGGUUGUACCUGCUGGAGAUGGUCAAGAAGGACAUCGAGCGGAUGGGAAGGGAGGCGGCGGUGGCGAGGGUUUUUGAAUAA